AUGGUUGGAUGUUUAAUGUAUCUGCUUGCUACAAGACCUGACCUAGCUUACUCUGUAUGUUUAGUUGCUAGAUUUAUGGAUAGGCCAACUGAGAUGCAUGUUGUAGCCAUAAAAAGAAUCAUGAGGUACUUGAAAGGCACACUUACUGAUGGUAUUAUGUAUAAUCACUUUACUGAAGAAAUGGAACUGGUUGGAUGGUCAGAUUCUGACUAUGCAGGAGAUUUGGAUGAUAGAAAGAGCACAUCAGGCUAUGUGUUUAUGCUUGGAUCAGGUGCUAUAUCGUGGUCAUCAAAGAAGCAACCCAUUGUAACACUAUAUACAACUGAGGCUGAGUAUGUUGCAGCUUCACAUUGUGCUUGUCAAUGUAUAUGGUUGAAGAGUGUUCUGAAGCAUUUGAAAAUUGGACAGGGUAACACUACUAUGAUCUACUGUGGUAACAGCUCAUCUAUCAAAUUGUCAAAGAAUCCCAUUAUGCAUGGUCGUUGCAAACAUAUAGAUGUGAGAUUUCACUUCUUGAGAAAUCUAGCAAGAGAAGGAAUUGUGGAGCUUAAGCAUUGCACUUCUCAGGAACAACUAGCUGAUUUGAUGACAAAACCAUUGAAGCUAGACACUUUUGUGAAGUUAAAGAAAGAGUUGGGAAUGAUAGCUGCUCAAAAAUAA